AUGGCUCCUGUGAGCAAGGUCGAAUUCGAGCCGCCGAAUGGAGGGUGGAAGGCCUGGCGAACUGUAUUUGGUUCGUUCCUAUUGCAGACCUCGUCGUAUGGCUAUGUUACAGCAUGCGGUGUUUUCACUCUAUACUACAAGCAGGUCAUGCUGCCAGAAUACUCAGCUUCUCAGCUAGGUUGGAUCGCAACCAUCGCUGUCUUUCUCAUUUUUGGCGUUGGUAUACCUGUCGGUGCUCUUGUAGACCGCUACGGUACUCGUCCUGUGGUGGCCCCGUUCGUUGCCUUGGGAAUUAUAUCUCUCGGUCUACUCAGUCUCCGCAAAACCUACUGGCAGGUUGUUCUCUGCCAAGGGGUUGCCUUUGGUCUUGCCUGCUCUGGUACAACUCUUCCUGCUGUUAUUUGUGUCACUCAAUGGUUCUCAACAAAACGUGGACUUGCCGUGGGCCUGGCAAGUGCUGGGAGCAGUUUUGGUGGACUUAUUUUCCCUAUAAUGGUCUCUCGCUUGAUCGAUAGUUAUGGCUUCAAAACAGCAAUCCACUGGUCUACACUAGUGGUUGGUGUGUGCAUGAUCACUGGUUUGAUAUGUUGCGAGGGGCCAUAUCCUCCGAAGCGGCUCAGAGAAAAGGAAGCAAGCACCAGUCCAUCCUUAGCAUCCCCAAACCCCGAUGAAAACAUUGACGCAGACGAUCUAGGUGUAUCAUGCUCCGUUGAAGGUCCAACAACCCCAGCCGCUGAUCAGCCUGCUGGUAAAGUUCCUGGCAUGCGUCACAAUCUUGGUCCAUGGAUAGCUUUCUGUAUUGGUGUCUUCUGCUGUACAUUUUCCCUCCUAGUCCCUUUCGACUACCUACCAAGCAUUGCUGUGGAACAGGGUAUGAAGCAGGAUCUAGCUCAAUAUACACUCGCCAUGAUCAACGCCGGGUCCAUGAUUGGACGUAUUCUACCAGGAUUUCUAUCUGACUAUAUUGGCCAAUUCAAUGUCAUGGCCCUAGUCAGCACCCUUUCCGCCAUUGCAAUGCUCGUUAUCUGGCUUCCUGUCUAUUACUUCCCUACAAAUGGCGGCGUCAUCUUCUUCUCCUUAUUUUACGGAUUUGUCUCUGGUGGAUACACCAGUCUACUAUCACCUUGUGUUGUCGCCUUGGUAGAUGGCCAGGUGGCUAAUCUCGGUGUCAAGUUUGGCAUUGCCUGUCUCUGUCUUGCAUUCGGGGCGUUGGUUGGAAUUCCUGUUAGUGGCGCCGUAGCCGACAACACUGGCAACUGGGGCGGCCUCAUUGGCCUAUCCGGUGCUAUGAUGGCUCUUGGUGCUGUGAGCUUUAUCGUUUCCCGUGUUCAAAUGGGUGGAUGGAACCCAAUGACCAAGGUUUAA